AUGCAGUCCCAGAUCGAUAUUGCCAAAAGGAUGAAUGUUGUUGCCGUUCCUGCUGCAUUAAUCUGUGGAAAGGUGAAAAUUGGUCUUAGUGCUCAGGACUUGAAUUUCUUACAAAAGUAUACCGGGAAAUUAGUAGAAUGUAAUAUCAACAAUAUAGACAGCCUAAUGCAGUCAGGAGCAACGGGCUACUUCACAACGAGCCUGAUUUCCUAUGUUGGAAGUCUUCUCAACUCUCCAGUCACUGUAUCCGGGUUUAUUCAAGGCCUGGACAAGCUGGUACCGACAACCUCUGUGGAUAUUGAGUCACUGCGAAAAUACCAUCCGACCAAUGUCAACUGUGGCUUCGAUCUGCCCACUGAUAUCUACACGACCGUGCCUUACAUGGCAUCGAACAGCAUCAGCAUCGUCACUCCCGGGUUUCAGUACAUCCCGAUCGUUUACAACCAGCUCUUCAAAAUGAAGUCAGACGUCACGACGUAUUCCUCGACGGAGCUGUCUGCUCUGCUGAUUCGCAAUGAGCAGAUGCAGUUCCCUCUUUCCUAUACUGUCAGCGUUCAUUCCAAGGACACGACUCGCUCUGCUCGCAUUGAGAAGCUUCUUCCCGCGGUUUAUUUCGAAUGUCAGCGGAAAAACAUUCCGUUUCAUGAGCAAAGCCGAUUUCUGCAUAAUGUACCGAGCCGUUUCGGCUGUUUGUUGUAG